UACAUCGUAUGGUAUUUACAAUCAUUGUCAAUAAAGGUACACGGUUCCUACCACCGUAAUGUUAACUCACUCCGCGCUGUCCUUGCAUCAUUUUUGUAAUGCGUGCCUUCAAUUAUAGUGCCAGUAGAUAUCGGCGGAGCUCCCGGCAAGUAUGUCAAGUGCAAGCCAGGGUAACCAGUGCAGACAUGGCCGUGGUUGCAGUGGAGACCAUAGCCGCUGCAGCGCUCCGUGCGCGACUCCGAUCACAUGACAAAGUGGAUGUACGCGUGACUGCAUCAGGGUGGGACCUACUGGCAGGUCGCAUCCACGGCGCCAAGGUGGAGGGACGCCAGUGGGAAAGUCCUCUGGGCUUGACAGCGCGAGUUCUCGAAGUGGAGGUGGACUCCGUGGAGUUGGACCUCCCGGCGGUGCUUUCACAGCAGCGCAUCCUGCUCCGAAACGUACCCCUCGGCAGUGCAAGGGUGGUGUUCAAUGCGGCGGAUUUUGGCGCCUUUCUACAGCACCCUCUGGUCACGACGGCAGCGCGCACAGCGGUCCAGGGCCGGCCCUUCCUGUUUGACCGAACCGGCGUCGUUAUAGCUCCCGGGGGUUCCCAAGGCAGCAGUGGCGGCUGCGUGCUGUUUAGCGGGACGCUGCUGGCAAGUGGCCAGCGCUACCAGUUAUCUAUGCGUCCUACACGCGGUGGCCGGGCUGCUGAGGUGGUGGCGACGCCAAUCGGCCCUACAAGGUCAGG